AUGGCAUACAAGCAAGACAUCCUAGACAAAUAUAGAUCGGAUGCACUUGCUGGCAAGCCUUUUCUUUGUGCUACUUGUCCCUAUUGCAAUGGACAACGGGAUGCUUCGGUAAAGUAUAUUCACCCUUCAACCAAACCCAAGAAUUCGUGGGAUUUUUGGAACCACGUCCUUGGACGUAAGUACCUACUUGUGCAGUCCAAGAUGGCUCGUCAUAACUUUGACUUGCGCCCCCACGGUCUCCCACACAGGGGCGAAGGGGAGCAUAGGGCGGAUGCCCCCAUGUUUGUGGUAGGACCCAUGGUUGACCAAAGCGAACUGCCUUUUCGCAUGCUUUGUAGAGAAUACGGCGCCACACUGGCCUACACACCUAUGCUACACGCUAAGUGUUUCAAGGAAAGCGCGAUGUAUCGCCGGAAAUUUUUUACAACCACUCCUAUCGAAAGGGUUAGCCAGUACGUAGCAUCCGCCACGGCUGCUGAAGCAGGCGUACAGAGUUUUGAUAAGGCUGAACGGCUAUCUACUCACGAUCAACCUGGCAGGCCGCAUCCUGAUUGUGGAAUGAAUUCUGACCGAGGUGCUGAUCGAGAUUCCCUUGUAGAUAGACCAUGCAUAGUUCAGUUUUGUGGACAUGACCCAGAGACCGUUUUGGAAGCUGCACGUCUUGCGGUGCGAGGCGAAUAUGUGGACCUGAACCACCCAGAUGGUAUUUACCAUGUCUCUGCCAAUCGUCCUGAUGGGAAUUUUACACCGAAUAAAGAGACUGAUGAAGAUAAAGAGGAAAUAUUUUAUCAAUGUGAUGCGGUUGAUAUCAACUUAGGCUGUCCACAGGGUAUUGCGCGCCGCGGUCACUACGGUUCCUUUCUCAUGGAGGACUGGGAUCUUAUCCAUACGAUCAUUCAUACACUACAUGUUGAGCUGGAGGUGCCCGUGACUGCCAAAAUACGUGUUUUUGACUACUCAGACACUACGAACUCAACCCCAGUCAAUGAAAAUAUCGAGUCUAAAUUAGAUGAGUUGCUUACAAUUUACUACGCACAGAUGAUUCGAGAUGCGGGGGCGCAGUUGAUAUGUGUGCACGGCCGAACACGUGCGAUGAAAGGACAAAACAGCGGCCUGGCCGAUCUUGAGCUCAUUCGACGUGUUCGCUUAGCCCUGGGUGGGACCAUUCCGGUUAUCUCCAACGGUAACGUACUGUGCUACCAGGACGUAUUGAAGAACUUUGCUCAAACAGGAUGCGAGGGGUAUAUGUGUGCUGAACCGCUGCUUUGGGAUCCGACGCUCUUUAGUAAUCCUGACCACCCCGUUUUCUCUGGACGUCUUUAUGGCGCCAACAAAAAAGCUCGUUUAGCGGCUAUAGACACCGCACUAAACUACAUGCGCUGGCUGCGGCGCUGCCCGGCUGACGUAGGCAUCAUUAAAACCCAUCUUUUUAAGAUGUGCUACCACAGCUAUGAGUUGCACCCAUCUUUCCGUGACUUUAUGGCUAAUUUUAAAACUCGUCUGAAUUCGGUUCAGGAGGAUGAGACCUGUGUUGUGGAUGCCGACCAGGGGACCUCUGAUAGUUUCGAGGAAAAAAGCCUUGAGGAGGACGUUACCGCAUUUUUUAAUCAAGUAGAAAUCCUUGAAAACCACCUACAAACGCUUGCAAAAGUGGAGAUUUCUUCUAAUGUGGAAGGGGAGCAGCCAAAAACAGCUAAAGAGCGAAAGGCGGAGUCACGAAUGCAGCAGGUUGAUUUUUUUGAAGGAGAAGGUUGCCUUGGGUUUGAUUUUUAA